AUUAUAUCGACAGUGGUCAGCUGGAGCCAUAUGUAGAAUGUUCCUCGUGCGAGCGGUGCGCUAAACAAUCAGUCAGUCAGUCAGUGUGCAGAGCCAGAGAGUUGCCGAUCGUGUGUGUUUUGUGCGUGUUGCGUUUCGAUUUUUGUUUUGCGGCUAUCGAUCGUUCGAAAGCGAUCGGCUAAACGGAAAAGAGGAAAAAAAAAACAUACGGCAGACUUCGCUGCAAUCAGUUUUUUGGAGAGAUCCGUCCGGGUGACAGCCGAAAUUUGAAGGACGCAGAUUGACCAUAGGGAGCGGAAAGUUGACUCAACCGGUGACGGGAUCGUGUGCAAUUUUGGAGAAAAAAGAAGUUUUUGUGUAAAUCGAUUGCGAUUGCCGAGAGUUGGCGUCGGAGAACGGCAAAAAUCAACAAGUGGUUUAUUUCAUUGUUUUGAAAGCGAACAUCAACAUCUGUGAGAGUGCGGCUAUUGUGGGACUGAAGCAAGAAUUUCAACAAUAGUUUUGGAAGAGUUAAGUUCAAGUCAGUUCGAAAAGUUCAAAAGUUAUCGCAAGAACCUGUAAAUCUGAGCAACAAUUGGCGCAAACAGCGGCAAAACAAAUCAUUCCAAGUUCAUACAACCUGUCGAAUCAUCGUAGAAACCAGAGUUCAACCAACUGCCUACUACGCAGAGCUCAGCUGCUCAAAUGCUGAAACGUUAAGUAAUUUCACCGGCAAGAAACCAAAUGACGACGGCGACACUUGCGAGCAUCUUUGAUUAAAUAAGACAUCGCAAAGAUUCCAAUCCGAGCAAAAGCAAAAGAGCAACCAAAUCUAAAGAUAAAAAUAAUCUCGAAAAGGGGAUCAAAACAUUAGAAAAGUCCCCAAAAAAAGAAGGAGCUACUCUGUGACCGAACAUCGACAUCAGCGACGGCAGCGGCGGCGUAGAGACAACGGCGUGAUCUUCCAACGGAACCAGCGCGGAGGUGUGUAGGAGGACAAGGUGCGUGAUAGGAGCGGCUGGCUGCUGCAGGGAAGGCGAACAACCAUCGAGCGUAACGUGAGCGACCGGCUGAGGGAAAGAACUGUUGCUGCGGAAGCUGCUUGCGAAGAGAAGAAGUGUACCGUCCAACGCAACGAGAACGAGCGACCAUCCGCGCGUUCAUCCAUCUGUCAAAACAAACGGAGAGUGAGUGACCACCCGUCCCAUCCCGAAAUAAGCAUUCUUCAGUUCAUUCGGGGUCGCGGAUUUUUACGGGUGCGAAUUUUCCUCGUCGAGGAAAACCGUCGGUUUAUGUGGUGUGCGAAGUGCGGAAAACAGUGACAGACACGGCCCUUUCCCGGAAGACUACGGUGCGAUAGGAACGAACGAAAACGCGAGUGAAGCCGGAGGUCAAAGACCACCGGAAGCGUCCGAAAGAAUUCUCCGGUGCGUGUGAACGUUCUGGUUGGUUGGAAAAGUGCGAAAAACCGGGUAGUGACGUGAUAAGAAGAAGCCAUCCGUGUGCUAGAACCUAGCGAAAGCCGCGAGCGUGAAUCUUCCUUUGGUGCCAGUCCCCAGAAAAGCCGCAAAAAUUUGGGAAAUAAUGGAUCCCAAUGCAGCGCGUGACUCGCGCUACAAUCUGAACUACAGCAUGAGUAUGAUGAGCGAAACGCCGGAAAUCUACGGAAAUCCGAACGUUUCGCUGGCCCGGCCUCCCAGUGGGGGCCUGGUGGGCCAAGUCAUGUCUCGCGGGGGUGGUCUUAUGAGUGCCGGGAACGGACCACAGUGUGGAGCCGGUGGUGGCGGUGGCGGCGGAGGUGGAGGCGGAAGCCUCAGUCGUGGAAUUAAACGAGCCAACUCGGACUGUUACGACGAUGGCCGGCAGAUGGUCGGCUCACAGGGUCUGACCGGCCUCGAGGGGUGCAAUGUGGGCUCGGAUGUUGUGGACGAAAGUUACACCUCGCUGCAGCCGAAAAAGUCACCACCGAGCAACGGGAAGAAAACAAAGGGCCGUGUCAAGAUUAAGAUGGAAUAUAUCGAUAAUAAGUUGCGACGGUACACGACCUUCUCGAAGCGCAAAACCGGAAUCAUGAAAAAGGCCUACGAACUUUCCACUCUGACCGGCACGCAAGUGAUGCUGCUGGUGGCCUCCGAGACCGGUCACGUGUACACGUUCGCGACGCGCAAGCUGCAACCGAUGAUCACGUCGGAAGCGGGCAAAGCGCUCAUCCAGACCUGCCUGAACUCGCCGGAUCCCCCGACGGGGUCCAGCGGCGAUCAGCGCAUGUCUGCCACCGGGUUCGAGGAAACCGAACUCAGCUACAACAUCGGCGACGAAGAUUCGAAAGUAAGACAGCUAGUGUACGGCCACGGACACCACGGGCAUGCUCAUCUGGGUCACCCGCAGACCGGCCACUACGGGCUGGAUCAAAGUCUGAUGCAGCAGCCCUAUCCGGUCAGUGGGCAGGGUUCACCGUUGUCGCACGCGCAGUCCUACCCGCCACAUUCGGGCCACUCGCACCAUUCGCACAUCCCGCACCACUCGCACACGGCGCACAUGAGCCACGCGCAUGCGCAACGGUAGUGGUUCGCGUGUGCGUGACAUGCGUGCUGCAAUGCUGGUGCAACUAAUUCCUCCAAAGCAGGGUUUUCGUUUCGAUUUGAAGUAUGCUUUAUUGUAUUGUUGUUAGUGGUAAUUAUUGUUCGUGUGAGUGAGGAUCCUCCUAAGCGGUGCUACGCCCUCUAUCAGCUUUUGGCUUCUAUUUCGUCCAACGUCUUUGUUUCUAGGAAAGGAUUCUGCAAUGUAGUAACAUUUCACGGAUAGUAGAAUUGAGUAGAAGUGAUCAGUCGUCAUUUUGACACUCUUGAAAAGAAAUUAACGACGUCGUUCCGCUUUCACCCCGUUCCCCGAAUCUACCUACAGUGUAAUUUAUAAUUAAUAAUUAUUAAAUAUUACGUCGAGAUCUCACACACAAUACACACAAUAACUCUCCGACGACGUGCCAGCGCGUCGUGUCGCCGCGCCAUGGUCCGAAUGGUUUUAAAGAGCCUUCUUUACGUCCAUCGGUGUCCCAUUAAUUACCUCUUCUGGCCAUAUAACUGUCCGGCUGUCGGAUCUCCCGCGUAUGAUGAUGCCAUAUUACAUCUCUCAGACACUCACACAACCACAUAUCGCGAUUUUUUUUUUCGUGUAGGGCGACGCGUACUCCUUGACUGGAUGCAAAUUCCAUGCGCGCUAGGGGUCUUCCUCCGAAGGCGCGCCGCGCCGGUGUGGUUCUUCUCAUCACCAUCAAAAGUGCGAUUUGAUGUUCGUCCGGUGGAGAGUUUUAAUUUCACCGAAGUGCACUUGCGCGCAAUACAGGACGAAGGCGCUGGAUGAUGAGACAGGCGAAGAAGGAUUCGUCACACACUCGAGUGCCAAUUGAAUUGAAUGCGAGAUGAACGACGACGAAGCGAUCACAGUCAAUACAGUGACUGACGACGACGACGACGACGAUGAUGAGGAUGCUUGGGAUGAUUGUGUUCGAUCGAAUGUGGGGGGAACAAAAGUCUACGAGUGAGGAAAAACGAUGUAAAAGUCCACUCGAAUGAAAGUAAUUUGUGGAUGACAUAAAUAUUUACAUUGUGUCCCGUUGAAGUGACAAAAAAUGCGAGUUAUCCACCUAUGGGGAUAUCCCGACCCUGUCACUUUCAAUGGUAUACUCCUGGGAAGAUAUCAAGAAUACUUCCUUGUGGUAAAAAACGCAACGAAUUCGAAGUGGAAUUCCAGGAAGAAUUCCACUAGGUAUUCCAGGAAGAAUUCCACCAGGAAUUCCAGGAAGAAUUCCUCAUGAGUUUUGGGAGGAAUUCCGCAGCAAUUCCAGAAGAAAUUCCACAGUAAUUCCAGGAGGGAUUCCAUAGGAAUUCCAGGAAGAAUUCCACAGGAAUUCCAAAAGGAAUUCCACAGGAAUUCCAAAAGGAAUUCCACAGGAAUUCCAAAAGGAAUUCCACAGGAAUUCCAGGAGGAAUUCCACAGGAAUUCCAGGAAAAAUUCCACAGGAAUUCCAGGAAAAAUUCCACCGGGAUUCCAGGAAAAAUUCCACCGGGAUUCCAGGAGGAAUUCCACAGGAAUUCCACAGGAAUUCCAGGAUGAAUUCCAGGAGGAAUUCCUGGAGGAAUUCCAGGAGGAAUUCCACAGGAAUUCCAGGAGGAAUUCCAGGAAAAAUUCCACAGGGAUUCCAGGAGAAACUCCACAGGAAUUCCAGAAGGCAUUCCACAGAAACUACAGGAGGAAUUCCAGAGUAAUUUCAGGAGGAAUUUUACAAGAAUUCCAGGAGGAAUUGAACAGAAAUUCCAGGAGGAAUUCCACAGAAAUUCCAGGAAGAAUUCCACAGCAAUUCCAGGAAAAAUUCCACAGGGAUUCCAGGAGGAAUUCCACAGGAAUUCCAGGAGGAAUUUCACAGGAAUUCCUGGAGGAAUUCCACAGGAAUUCCAUGCGGAAUUCCACAGGAAUUCAUGGAAAAUUUCACAGGGAUUCCAGGAGGAAUGCCACAGGAAUUCCAGAAGGAAUUCCACAGGAAUUCCAGAAGGAAUUCCACAGGAACUACAGGAAGAAUUCCACAGUAAUUUCAGGAGGAAUUUUACAAGAAUUCCAGGAGGAAUUGAACAUAUAUUCCAGGAAGAAAUCCACAGAAAUUCUAGGAGGAAUUCCACGGAAAUUUCAGAAGGAAUUCCACAGGAAUUCCAGGAGGAAUUCCAGAAGGAAUUCUUCAGGAAUUCCAUGAGGAAUUGCACAGGACUUCCAUGAGGAAUUCCACAGGAAUUCCACAGGAAUUGCAGGAGGAAUUCCACAUGAAUUCCAGGAGGAAUUCCAGGUGGAAUUCCACAGGAAUUCCAGGAGGAAUUCCACAGGAAUUCCAGGAGGAAUUCUACAGGAAUUCCAGGAGGAAUUCUACAGGAAUUCCAGGAGGAAUUCUACAGGAAUUCCAGGAGGAAUUCUACAGGAAUUCCAGGAGGAAUUCUACAGAAAUUCCAGGAGGAAUUCUACAGGAAUUCCAGGAGGAAUUCUACAGGAAUUCCAGGAGAAAUUCCGCAGAAAUUCCAGGAGGAAUCCCAGGAAGAAUUCUACAGGAAUUUCAGGAGAAAUUCCAGGAGGAAUUCCAGGAGGAAUUCCAGGAGGAAUUCCAGGAAGAAUUCCAGGAGGAAUUUCAGAAGGAUUUCCAGAAGGAUUUCCAGGAGCAAUUCCAGAAGGAUUUCCAGGAGGAAUUCCACAAGAAUUUUCACAGGAAUUCCACAGAAAUUCCACAGGAAUUCCAGAAUGAAUUCCACAGGAAUUUCAGAAUGACUUCUACAGGAAUUUCAGAAUGAAUUCCACAGAAAUUCCUGUAGAAAUUCCAGGAUGAAUUCCACAGGCAUUAUAAAAGGAUUUCCAGGAAUUACAGGAAGAAUUCCAUAGCAAUUCCAAAACAAAUUCCACAGUAAUUUCAGAAGAAAUUUCACAGCAGAAGAAUUUCCAGAAGAAUUUCCACAGUAAUUUCAGGAGGAAUUCCACAGGAGUUCCAGGAAGAAUUCCACAGGAAUUCCAGUAGGAAUUCCAGGAUGAAUUCCACAGAAUUUACAAAAGAAUUUCCAGGACUUUCAGGCGGAUUUCCAGAGCAACUCCAGAAGGAAUUCCAAAAGAAAUUGCACAGGAAUUCUUGAAGGAACUCCACAGGAAUUCUAGGAAGAAUUCCACCAGGAAUUCCAGGAGGAAUUCUUCAGGAAUUCCUGGAGGAAUUUUUCAGGCUUUACAGGAGGAAUUCUUCAGGAGGAAUUCUUCAGAAAUUCCAGGAGGAAUUCUUAAGGAAUUCCAGGAGGAAUAAUUUAGAAAUUUCAGGAGGAAUGCUUCAGAAAUUCCAGGAGGAAUUCUUCAGGAAUUCCAGAAGGAAUUCUUCAGGAAUUACAGGAGGAAUUCUUCAGGAAUUCCAGAAGGAAUUCUUCAGGAAUUCCAGGAGGAAUUCUUCAGGAAUUCCAGGAGUACUUCUUCAGGAAUUUCAGGAGGAAUUCUUCAGGAAUUCCAGGAGGAAUUCUUCAGGAAUUCCAGGAGGAAUUCUUCACGAACUCCAAUAGGAAUUCUUCAGGAAUUCCAGGAAGAAUUCUUCAGGAAUUCCAGGAGAAAUUCCACAGGAAUUCCAUGAGGAAUUCAGCAGGAAUUCCAGGAAGAAUUCCAGAGGGAAUUCUUCAGGAAUUCCAGGAGGAGUUUUUCAGGAAUUUCUGGAGGAAUUCUUCAGGAAUUCCUGGAGGAAUUCUUCAGAAAUUCCAGAAGGGAUUCUUCAGGGAUUCCAGAAGGAUCUAAUCAAGUAUUCCACAAGAUUUUGAGGAGGAAUGCCACAGGAAUUUCAGAAGAAAUUCCACAGGAAUUCCAGGAGGUUUUCCACAGGAUUCCAGGAGGAAUUCUUCUGGAAUUCCAGAAGGAAUUCUCCAGGAAUUACAGAAGGAUAUCUCCAGGAAUUCCAGAAGGAUAUCUCCAGGAAUUCCAGAAGGAUAUCCAGAAGGAACUCCAGAAGAGAUUCUUCCGGAAUUCCAGAGGAAUUCUUUAGGAAUCCCAGAAGGAAUUCUCCAGGAGUUCCAGAAGGAAUUCUCCAGGAAUUCCAGGAGGAAUUUUUCGGGAAUUCCAGGUGGAAUUCUUCAGGAAUUCCAGGAGGAAUUCUUCAGGAAUUCCAGAAGGAUCUAAUCAGGAAUUCCACAAGAUUUUGAAGAGGACUUCCACUGGAAUUCCCGGAGGAACUCCCAUGAGGAAUUCCUAUCACUUCUAUUAAGGCUAUCAUAGCCUUCUUGAACACAAUACUCUUCAGCAGCCCACCAUGCCCCAAAACUUUUCCUCCACUGCAAAAUUUUUAUGAUGAAUCUGUCCCCGGUCCUCACCAUCACAAUACCCACCCAAAAACCCGAGCUCGUGCGAGACUGCGAUUAAUGGUUAAUAUUUCUUCACUGAACAUUCGCGCAGACUCAUCCCGCGUUACGUUCGUCGCUUCGCUGGUAUCGCUGCGCUGGCUGGUAGAUGACACCUAUCGUCUCCGUUGUCCGCGUGUCCGCUUUCGUCAUUUUAAUUACCUUUAAUACCCGAUGGAUUUCAUGUCGCAGUGCUAAAUAAUGGCUACUCCUUUCGGUUUCAGUUGCGCGCGCGCGAGGGCCCCGAGGGGUGGAAGAUUUCACGAGAAAUCAGUCAGAGGCACAGACAGCAAUUUGAAGCAAUCAGGGGGUCGCUAAUUGGCAGUAAUUACAUUAGAGGCAGUGACGAAUCUUAGGUUUAUCUGGAGUCUCUGAAGUCCGAAAUCCUUUGUGCGGUGGGCGGGAUGUGUGCGAAGGUGCCAAAAAUCAAUCGAUCGUAUUCAAUGGAAAAUUAUGCAAAUUUCUUCCGAGAAACCAUUAGGCGGCGAAGGUGAACUACCUCCAGCAGAUGAGCAUGCCCAUCGUCCUAGAUGUAGUUUGUGGAGUGCUUUAUUCUGUCCUUCUAUGUCUCUUUAAGUUCAAAGUGUGCUUUUGGAUUGUGAAUCUUUUGUUGUAGCUUUUGUUCGUGUGACGGAAUGCAAUUGUUAUUUAUUUCAAAUUUUAUGUUUUCCCUAAAAAAAUCAUCAAAAUCUAACUAGAAAACUCUGAUAUUAUAAAACAACCCUCAUUUCCCAGUGUGCUAUAAACUUAGUUGAAUCGAAGAUUUCCCCCCAAUCACUAGUAAGAGUCGUCUUAGGUUAGGCUAGGCAAUCUAUAUCGAAUUGUUUUUCAUUUUAGUUUUAAGGGUUCUCGUUUUCCACAAAACGAGCCAAAAUCAAAGGAUCUAAUUCGUGCCCCCAAAAAGGCACUAGAUUUCACUUACAAAUACCCACACACCCCAUCCGUUUCCUCGAUCAACGCCCUUUCUAUGUGUACGAGCGAGUACGUGAACAAUGUGAACCGAGUGUGCCGUAUUAGUUGUCUAAGUUCAGGAAACCUUCACCUAGGUUCGCUAAGUAGCUGUAGGCUCCGAAAAAACAACACACACUAGUUGCUAAGUAGUUUGUCCAAGAGAUGUCUAGUACUUUGUUGAUUAUUUCAUGUUUAUGUUUAAUUUAUUAACAUUCCCAGUUGAUGCAGUAUUUUUUCCAUUUGUAAAUAUAAGUAGAAAACGAAGCAAUCGAGAACUUACUCUAGUUGGUAGUGAAGUAAAAACCUAGAUUUAAAAUUUUACAAACUCUUUUAAUGAGCAAAACAAUGACAAUUUUUCCAGUAUGAAUGAUCUUCCCUAGAAGACACGAGAAAAAGUGGUAGUAAAAAUUAACUUAUUCUCUCUCUAUCUAAUUAAAAAAAAACAACAGAAACUAAUAAACAGAGAUCUUAGAAAAAAACGUAGUUGAAAUGACAAAGUCAGUGUACUCAAUCCAAGUGUAAGAUUUAGGAAGCCCUCUCCCAUCCCAGUAGAAGGGAGGGAGCGUAAAUCGAUGUAUAUUAGAGUGGGUCAACGUUGUAUGGAGAAACUUUAAAUUUGAUUGUAUCAUCCCGGAACAAAGCUUUUUCAAUCUAUAUUAGCGCUUAAAACAACUGUGCAAAAUUUGGGAGCGAUUGGUUGCGUCCCCGUAUUCCGCAUUGCGAUUGAAAUUUGUAUGGAAGUUAAUAUGGGAAAACGUACUUUUUUGCAUUUUACUCAUAAGUUGAAUUCUUUUGUUCAAUACCAUGUAACUAAUGACGUUAAAGUAUAGCCUAGGAUAUGCCGAGAAACUUUGCCGAAGACCGCAAAGUGAUCCGACGCUUGUGAAAAAAGUUAUUCUCCUGGUAACUUAGGCCAAAAAUUGUGAUUUUAUUAUUGAUGUUAUUCCUUUACAUGUUAAAUGUUAAGCACCACCGGGCAAUCUGUACGUUAUAACUUUUUUCACAAGUGUCGGAUCACUUUGCGGUCUUCGGCAAAGUUUUUCGGCAUAUCCUAGGCUAUACUUUACCGUCAUUGGUUAGAUUGUUUUAGAAGAAAAAUUUCAAUUUAUGAGAAAAAUGCAAAAAAUCACGUUUUCCCAUACAAAAUUCCAUACAAAUUUCAAUCGCAAUGCGGAAUACGGGGAAGCAACCAAUCGCUCCCAAAUUUUGCACAGUUACUUUGUACGCUAAAAUGAAUCGAAAAAGCUUUGUUCCAAAAAAUCGACUUUGUUGACCCAGUCUAAUGUAUAUUCGAUGGUUUUGUGCAGUAUUCAAUGUGACAUAGAUAAACAAAACAAAAAAAAAACUGAUCGAACGUUGGUAAUAAAUGUUGACGAAGUUUACAACUGAA